CUUGGGCGUUAGGCCCUCCGCUGUCGGCCCCCCACCCUCCUGUUCCCGGCGUUGAGACGCAAAAGAUGGCUUUGUUCUAGGACUUUUCACCUUUUCCAUUUCCUUGCUUUUGAGUCAGGGGACCCUGGAAGGGAGUCGUUCCCAGCUAGGAUCCUGAAUCAGGGCAGGGUUUAUAUAGAGUGGCUUCCGUUUCUGAAAUGUAAUGGGGAUGAAGGGAGAAAGGGCUUUGUAGGCACAGGAACCAGCAUACGCAAAAGCUUGGGGGGUGGGGUUGGGCACGGUGUGAAGACUGAGUUGGGAGUGUUCAAGGAACCCCACCCAGCUCACUGUUAUGUCUGCUGGAACCAGAGAGCAGGUGGGCUGAAGACCUGGGCCUCUGUUUUGAGGGUGUUGGGAGCCAUGGAAGGUUUAGGGCAGAGGAGGAAGAUGUUGUGACUCAGGUCUUAACAGGCUCCCUGUGGAUGCAGAGUGGAGAACUGCAUGGGGGUGGGCCGGAGGCGGGGAAGCCAAGGAGUAGCCUAAUGGAAUAGCCCAGGCCAGUGCUGCUGCUGUCCGGACCAGAGUGGGGACUGGAGGUAGAGGACGUGAUUGGGUACUUGAUGCCUUUUAAGUCAAGCUGAACAAAUUUUCCGAUGUGGAGGGUGAAAAAGACGAGAGAAGAAUCCAUAGUUUUUGGUUUGGUGAAUCCAGCUUCAUGAACUGAGAAGUUGGUUGUGGGAGGAAUUUUCCGUGAAAGCGGUAGAAGUUAGGUUUCGGCCAGGUUGAGCCUGUGAUUUCCCAGAGACUCCCAAAUGGAGUUGAAGAGUGGGCAGCUAAACACACAGGGUGUUCUGAGGGAGUUGUUAAGGUUAUGAGAGACUGGAUAUUCAUGAGAACAAUGGCCAGAUGAUGUGUACAAAUAGAACUCUGCCCCAGAACCUGCCCAGGAAACCAACCCCCUUAUCUACAAUAAACAACCCAUACAGCAGGAAGCCAGCCUGCUGUCUGUCAAACCCACAGGAAGCCAGAUUGCUAUCUGAACUGACAAUCCAGGAAGUUAAAACACUAACUUCUGUAAUGAGCAGUCCCAAAUGGCCAGGGUUUGAUUAAUCACAGACAGCUUUCCUAAUGUUUGCUCCUGCUUCUGAUUUAAGACCAGCCAGAGAAAGGCAGAUACGCACCCUAACCAAUCACGUAGGAUGCCCACUUCCAGUUCACCCACCUACGAACAGGAGCCUCCAACCAGGGCAUGCCUGAAGCCUUCCUUUUCUUUCGCUAUAAAACUUUCCCACUCCCAGCUUGCGUUGAGUCUCUCUUGCUUUGAGUAAGUAGCCUUGGCUUUUCUCAUUUCAUUGGUCUUUGUUUAUUUCAACUGUUAGAAACAUCCAAAAUGUGCCAUCUGGUGUGUGGACGGGAGCGUAGCUGUGUGUCAGAUUUAGGAGGUGAAACUUCAGGUCAUGGUGACAAUGAUGUUAAAAAAAAAGAGGAAGGUGGGGCUGGAAAACUGAGAGCAGGGUUCUUGCUUGGGGACCGUGGCCUGUUUGGCAUCAUAAAGACAGGUGAGGAACAGUAGUGAUCAUGGUGGUGGUGGGGGGGCUCUGUGUGGGUGUAUCAGAGGGUCUGGCAGGUGGCCAGAUCAUCCCAAAGAGUGUAGACGUGAAUGAGAUGGAUGCUGAGGCUUAGCAGUAGAGGAGGUAAUAUUGCAGUGAGGCCUGGGCUGGUGCUUACACACUCACCUAUGUUCUCACCAGGCUUCUGUGGUGACCCUUCGUGGGGUUUGUCCUCAGGCUGGGGAAUUAACUCGGGGCAAGAGGGGUCAAUUGGCAGAGUUUCUGGCCUUGGGUGGGGGUAGGAUGGCCAGAGAGGUUGGCUUUUUUUUUUUCUUUUUUCAGUAAGUGUGAGUGAUGACACGGUCAGAAUGUGCAACAAAGAAGGCCAAGGGGCUGCGUGACCUUUGAGGACGUGACGAUUUACUUCUCCCAGGAGGAGUGGGGGCUCCUCGAUGAGGCUCAGAGACUCCUGUACUGCGAUGUGAUGCUGGAAAACUUUGCACUUAUAGCCUCGCUGGGACUUAUAUCUUUCAGGUCCCACAUCGUUUCCCAGCUGGAGAUGGGGAAAGAGCCCUGGGUGCCUGACAGUGUGGAUAUGACUUCAGCCAUGGCCAGAGGGGCUUAUGGCAGGCCUGGUUCUGAUUUUUGCCGUGGAACAGAGGGCAAGGACUUACCUUCUGAGCAUAAUGUUUCUGUAGAAGGAGUGGCACAGGACAGGAGUCCCGAGGCAACUCUGUGCCCCCAGAAGACCUGCCCCUGUGACAUAUGUGGCCUACGUUUGAAAGAUAUUUUGCAUUUGGCUGAACACCAGACAACACAUCCCAGGCAGAAACCAUUUCUGUGUGAGGCAUAUGUGAAAGGCUCCGAGUUCAGUGCAAACCUUCCCCAGAGGCAGGUGCAGCAGAACGUACACAACCCUAUCAGAAGGGAGGAGGACCAGGCUUUGCCUAUAAAGACCUGGGGAGACCACACAUCAGAUCAGCUUUCCACCUGCAGGGAGGGCGGGGAGGACUUUGUGGCCACAGCAGGGUUUCUGCAGCGUGAGGUCACUCCCAGCAAUGGGGAGCCGCACAAGGCCACCGAAAGUAUGGUGGAUUUUCACAUUGCACUAAGGCAUAACAAGUGCUGUGACUCUGGGGAUGCCUUCAGUGACAAAUCCACUCUUGUUCAGCACCAGAGAAUCCACAGCAGAGAAAGGCCUUAUGAAUGCAGCAAAUGUGGAAUCUUCUUCACUUACGCCGCUGACCUCACUCAGCACCAGAAAGUUCACAAUAGAGGAAAACCGUAUGAGUGCUGCGAAUGUGGGAAAUUUUUCAGCCAGCACUCUAGCCUUGUUAAACAUCGCAGGGUUCACACUGGUGAAAGCCCUCACGUGUGCGGUGACUGUGGGAAAUUCUUCAGCCGAAGCUCCAACCUCAUUCAGCAUAAGAGGGUUCACACUGGUGAAAAGCCAUAUGAGUGCAGUGACUGUGGGAAGUUCUUCAGCCAGCGUUCCAACCUCAUUCAUCAUAAGAGGGUUCAUACGGGCAGAAGUGCCCAUGAGUGCAGUGAAUGUGGGAAAUCCUUCAACUGCAACUCCAGCCUAAUUAAACAUUGGAGAGUUCACACUGGAGAAAGACCUUACAAGUGCAAUGAAUGUGGGAAAUUCUUCAGCCACAUCGCCAGCCUCAUUCAACAUCAGAUAGUUCACACUGGUGAGCGGCCUCAUGGGUGUGGUGAGUGUGGGAAAGCCUUCAGCCGAAGCUCUGACCUCAUGAAACAUCAGCGAGUUCACACUGGUGAACGGCCUUAUGAGUGCAGUGAAUGUGGGAAGUUGUUUAGCCAGAGCUCCAGCCUCAAUAGCCAUCGGAGACUUCACACUGGCGAACGGCCUUACCAGUGCAGUGAAUGUGGGAAAUUCUUCAACCAAAGCUCCAGCCUCCAUAACCACCGGAGACUUCACACUGGCGAGCGGCCUUAUGAGUGCAGCGAAUGUGGGAAAACCUUCAGGCAGAGGUCCAAUCUGAGGCAGCACCUGAAAGUUCACAAACCAGAUAGGCCUUAUGAAUGCAGCGAAUGUGGGAAAGCCUUCAACCAAAGGCCUACCCUCAUUCGGCAUCAGAAGAUUCAUACCAGAGAAAGGAGCAUGGAGAAUGUGCUCCUUCCCUGUUCAAUGCAACAGCACACCCCAGAGAUAAGCUCUGAGAACAGACCUUAUGAGGGUGCUGUCAACUACAAGUUGAACUUUGUUCAUCCAAGCACCCACCCUGGGGAGGUUCCCUAGGAAUGCUAGCUCUGUUGGAAGCUUUCUGGGGACAAGUUACAUUCUCUUACCAUGGAUUUUAUCAGCGUUUUUUCACUGCUGGGGUUGUGAUAGAAGCCAUGUCAGCACCACACACUGCAGCUCUCUAGAGAAUGUGUCCACCACUCCACUGUGCUCAGGGAAGGCAGACCUCUCCUCUCUCUUUCCAAUCCCUAAAGGGAAUAAGGAGUAGUCUGAAGUCGUGGGAAGAUGUCAUUCCCGCCCUGUGUGGCUGGUUUAGCUGUGGACAUGACCAGCCUGUGGCUGUGAAGUCCUGAGCAGGGUUUUGCUGACAGCUUGUCCUAGAGAAGGUUUCCCUUUUUCUGGGACAUUGUUGGUCUCAUGCCUGUGAAGGAUUUGUCCAGCCUUCAUGUUACUCUGUACAACAACUUAUCUCCUGUGCAUUGCCCUGGUUCAUGCGAUGAUAACGGCCUUAUGAUAAAGCCGCCUUUAAUCUUCCAUGUUCUGAUCACUGUGUGGGGUGGUUCAAGAACAGAGUUAAGAUCUACCAGACUGAAGGGGUCUCCAGAUUAUCUUGGAGGGGACAGGUGGAUGACAGAGAACAACUGUCAAUCCAGACUUGGCCUCAUUUGCAUUGCCACCAAGGCCUCCUAGGAAAAAGUGUAGGAAUUUAUGGGUGUAAUAUUGUAGUCUGAAUGGCAUGAAUCUGCCCCGAGGAGGGGGCAGGUGUGACAAACCCUAGUGCAUGUGGGAACAGCGUGAAUUGGGUCCCUUAUUCCCAGGGGGUGCUCCAUAUUCCCCAACACUGUAAAGCAGAUGCUGUUUAGCACCUGCCAAGGAGCCUUAUGCCCUGAAGUUCAGCCUUAGGCAGGUAUCUCUUAACUGUAAGACAUACCAGGCCCAGUUGGGACCAUAAUUUGUACAGAAACACUGGAUGUGAUUAAUAGGGAAUAGGCGAGAUUAUAGCAAACCAGCAGAAAUAGACCUGUUCUAAAGGUGCAUCCAUGAAUGCUCCCUUGAAUGUGGCUGUGCAGGAUUCAGGGUUUGCAGAAAUUCUCAGGACCUCUAGACCUCUGUCCUAUGACUAAUGUUACUGGCAGAGCAAAUAAUCUAAAGGUUUUGGUUUUGUGGGUUACCAUCUCUGUGCUGUGCAUCUCAAGGCCAGUGCUGUGCUAGCAGGAAAAUAGGGACUGAGAAAAAAGCAGAUCCUAUACUACAGGGAUUGUAGCAUCUAUGACAUAGCCAGCCAUUCUUUGCUCCCAAGGCAAGAAGAGAGAUGGCAGAGUCAAUAUAGGGUUGCCAAAUUGGAUUUUCUAAAAUGAGUAGGAGGUUGGAUUUUUAUGUGCAACAGUUUGUUUUAAUGCUUUGUUGAUACGUAAUUGUCAUGCAAUAAUUAUACAUAUUUGUUAAGUUUUGUACAUUUAUUAUGUACACUCAGGGAACCAAUACCAUAAUCAUGAUAAUGAACGUAUCCAUCACCUGCAGAGCUACCUCAUGCCCCUUUACAGUCCCUCCUUGCCUUCCCCAGGAAACCAUUGAUUUACAUUUUUUACUUUAGAUUUGUUUGCCUUUUCUAGAAUUAACACAAUUGGAAUCAUAAAGUAUUUAUACUCUUUUUUUGGUCUGGUUUCUUUCAUGCAGCGUAAUUAUCUUGAGAAUCAUCCAUGCUGUGUGUAUAUAUAGUUCAUUCCUUUUACUACUGAGUAGUGCUAUUCUGGGUGAGUGCACCAUAGUUUUUUAUGAUUUAUUUAAAAACGUUAAAAAAAAUCUGAUGAAAUACACUUAACAUGAAAUUUA